AUGGCUCCGCUAUCGCUUCAGUCGACCCUUAAAGUAUUGGCAUCAAUACUGACCUGGCGGGGUAGUCCGCCUGAUAUCACAGAAAAAGUGACCCUGAAGGCCUUAGAAACUGGCUACCGCCAUGUCGACAGCGCCAAGUACUAUGCGAACGAAGCCGAAUGCGCCGAAGCUAUCCGCAAGUCGGGAAUCGACCGCUCCAAGAUCUUCUACACAACCAAGGUCCCCGUCAGCCACAUGUCCUACGAAAAGGCUAAAGAAGCUAUCGAAGCUAGCCUUGCGGAUGCAGCCGGAAUCGGCUAUAUCGACCUGGUGCUACUCCACGCUCCGUUUGGAGGUAAGGAGGGUCGCCUGGGCGCCUGGCGCGCUCUGGUAGAAGCUCAGAAGACUGGCAAGGUCCGUUCCAUCGGAGUUUCCAACUACGGUAUCCACCACCUCAACGAAUUGGAGGAAUACAUCAACAGCGGUGUGGGUGGCCAGAUCUCAGUCGGCCAGUACGAAAUCCACCCCUGGUGCCCCAGAGAAGACAUUGUCGACUGGCUGAAGAGGCGCAACAUUGUUGUUGAAGCGUAUUCGCCUUUGGUGCAGGCCACUCGUAUGCAGGAGCCCGUUUUGCAGAGUCUGGUCAAGAAGCACAACAAGACUCCCGCUCAGAUCUUGAUCCGGUGGAGCUUGCAGAAGGGCUAUGUCCCUCUCCCCAAGUCAGUGACCGAGUCGCGUAUCAUCGAGAACACGCAAGUCUUCGACUUCGAGCUAUCAGAAGAGGACAUGCAGAGCUUGAAGACAGGAGUAGAUGCACCUGUCUGCUGGGAUCCCGCCAGGGACUCCCGCCUGUGA